AUGCCCACACCAACGGCCUCUGCCCUUAGCCUCUCUUCGUCCCAACAUGGGCCAAUCUAUGUUGCUAUCCACCAAAUUUUGGUAGCAAGCUCAAACCACGUCCUCGAAACUCGUUAUGUUGUCGAAGCCUUCCGCGAGCAAAUCAAGUCAAUCAAUAUCUCCCUUGCCGAUACACCUUACAUUCUCGCUAUCGGUGGCCUCCCCCCUCUCCUCCGCCACCUAAUCGCCGAAGUUGCACCCGGAAUUUUCCCCCAAGCGAUAAAGUUCGCACUAUCUCCGCGGCAAAUACUACUCAAUUGGAGGGGCAGCAAUAGCCAUAGGGAAAGGUUUCUGCGCAUGAAUUUGAACGACCUGAUGGUGGAGAUAAGCAAUAUGGAGCAUGUGUUCAAGGAGGAGCUAGCUACAGCCCGUGCAUAUGAAGUGUUACUAGGCCAAGUGUUGACACAUCAAGGAACUUCAUGGUGCAGAAUCUACCGAAUAAUUCCAAGGGCUCAGGAUGCCGAUUCGGGACCAUUAAAGAAAGUGGCUGAAGCAAGUGGAAGGAGUACAACCAGCGUGGCCAACAGUACGUAG